AUGCAAGAAUUGCUUCUAAGGCAGAGUCCAACCGCAUCGCCCAUUGCAGGAACAGUGCCAUUUCCACUCUUGUCAGCCGAAGGUGUCAAAUCCUACCGAAGGGCCCUAUUCCAGAAAGACGUUAUAGACAAAUGUGCCAGUUCGCCGUUCCCAGGAACUUUGGUUCUCCGUGAUGCGGUGAAGCAGUCCAAGUUCGUCAAUGAUCUUUGGACGCACCCCGAGACAAUGAGGAUUGUCUCUGAAGCAGUCGGUGUACCUCUGGAGGUGGUGAUGCCAACGGAAAUAGGGCACACUAACAUUCAAGUUGAAGGCACUACCAUCGCAGAAAUGGCCAGCAAUCUCAAAGUUGAGCCGGCGGCAGAGAAGCUCCAGUUGAGCCCUGAGGAACGAAGUUACGACCCUUUAAAAGAUGCUAGUGCUAUCAUUCCGUGGCACUACGACUCAUAUCCUUACGUCUGUGUAUUGAUGCUAAGCGAUACUGAGGGUAUGAUCGGAGGCGAGACAUAUAUCAAGAAGGGAGACGGGGAGGUACAGAAGAUUGGUCAUGCUGUCAUGCUCCAAGGCGGCGAAGUCUGUCAUCUCGCUGCCCGGGCGAAAGGUGUGAAGGAGCGGAUAUCGACCAUCACUUCAUACCGUUCGAAAAUGCCAAACGUCUAUGACUCCAGCUAUAUUACCAACGUCCGACCUUAUGCGGAUAUAAGCUCUCUCUAUCCUGAAUGGACACAAUAUCGCUUGCGGAAAUUGAGAGAUGAACUUACCCAUCACCUCGACGAGAUGGAGAAAGAAGAAGACCCUGUCCAAGCGAGGAAGGAUAUCCAAAAUCUUAUAGAUCAACAGAUCGAUUAUUUACAACGAACCUCUCGACAGAUGGUUGACCCUGAGUAUACUCAGCAAGUUUUGAGGAAGUAUGGCAGGCCGGCAUACUAUGACGCACCUGGAAUUUGGGAAACUGUUCAAUCACUACCGGGAUUUGAGAGACUUGCAUCAGCUGCAGAUGAGGAACGACGUUGGAAGCCGGAGAGUAUCUAUUGGAUGGACCUCCUGAGAUCUAUUGAAACAAUUCGGUUGGGGAAACCUCUUCAUAGCGCUCUCGGAACCGCCGUGAGAGAGAAGGCGAAAAAGUACUACAUGGGGGAUGAACUUCUGCGACAAGGACUCAACGAGGCGUUCUUGGAUUACUUGGGAUCCUCAGGUAUCUGGGAACUUUACCGCACCAUUUGA